AUGCUCAUUUCACAAUGUAAAUCCUCGUUGCUCAAAAAAUCAUUAAUCAAAACGACAUGCGUAUUCGAGAAUUCCGAAAGAGCACUCGUGACCCUUGCCAUCAACGAAAAGAAAAUAUGGUCUGGCAAAUCUUGUUUAUGCUUGGAGGGAAACGAUGGAUCAAAGCGCGUCUUCCAAAAAAUUAAAAAAAGGUACAAAGAAAAGCAGGCCAUUGAUACGGUGAAGCAAAGUGGUGGUGGUAUAAUGUUUUUGAGUGAAAGAUUUGGACCGUUAAAGGUAAUCAAAAGCGAAAGUGUGAACCAGGAUAAAUACAUUGAUACCCUGGCCCAAGCCUUGCUCCAUUAG